AGCUCAACCACGGCACCAAACAGUUCGUUGAACAAAGUCAAAGCGUUAAUAUCGUUUAAAACCUUACGCGUCUAAAACUCAAAAUCAAAGUAUCAACUUGAGCUUAAAUAAGCUAACAGCAGAUCAACCCAAAACACAACCAUACACAAAAUAUUCGAAAAUACAUGUUAGCAUUGAAAAAUUUUCGAAACCGAUGUCAAUUAAACUUGUGUGUCAAUGAAUAACCGCGCAGAUACCAAAGCGAAGCUACUUAACAACCUAAGCCUUUCUAAACAUCUAUCAUCCAAACAAGGCGGCUCACGUACCACCAACUGCGGUAAUCGCCUAGAAUUUGCAUUACUAACGCUGCUACAGAACGUUCCUUGAAUCACGCGCCACCCAGCACUCCCCCACAGACUGAGCAUUAAGUUCUACGACUAAGCUCUACAGUUGCUUCCAUUAAUAACCAACCCGGCUCAUAGGUUAAUACGUCGUUAGUUUUUCUAGUACUACGUUUUUUAAGUAAAAAUAAA